UCAGGAAUAAUCCGGAGGGAAAAGAAAUAGAAAAAAGAAAAAAGGGUGAAUCCAUGGAAGAUAGCUUCAGCGUUCGCGUGGAUAAGACGUUUGGAGCUCUGAGGAGCGGCGGUCAGCCGUCCGUCGGCGUCACCGCAGCCUUAUGGUGCCUAACGGACGAGGAAAUCGAAAGGAAGGAGUGGAAUCGCGACACACUGGAGGAUUUGCGCGACUGCGGCGUUCAAUCGGCGCCGUCCAAUAUGCGGAAGCAGAUGGAGAUGGAUCGUCAACAUUUGAGCGACGAGGAGGAGGAGGAAGGGGAAGAGGAUGAGGGAAUCGAUGGCGAGAAGAAGAAACGACGCCGGAACAAUGGAGGUGGUGCUGAUAUUAGCGCUGAUGAAUAUUUGGAUGUUCAGUCCAAUAUUGGCCGAGAUCCCACGCUUGACUAUGAGGAAGAAGAAGAUCAAUAUGACAAGGUGGCAGUUGGCGCCGAACACCAGGGAGAUCGUAUAUACAUGAAGGAUGUGAAAGUUUCUGAUUACGAGGUUGAUGAACCCAGUGCAUACGGCGAGCUUCCCAGCUCACUCCACGAUGUUGUGAAAGAUGCUCGUGCAAAUCACACAGCUGCUAAGAUGAGGCUGAAAGAAGAUGCCGAGGCUGCAGGUAAUUUUGACACCUUACAGCUUUCUGAUGAUUCAGUCGCUGCUUUUACAGAGACUGGUGGUAAUCAACAAAGAGAGGACACCUGCGAAAACCCGAAACCCAUACUGAAAAAGACUGAAAAUACAGCCGAGUCCAGGGCCCCGAAACGUGUUCGGUUCCUGGUUGAUCCUAAAAUCAGUAGUACUCAGACACAUGUCGUAAAUCAAUCAGCCGGGGCCACUAGCUCGGCAUCUGAUCCUAAUCCUAAUCCAGACGAUCUUUCCCUAUACGCAUCUGGUGUUCCCGACUACAUUAGAAACCCUUCAAAAUACACAAGGUAUACUUUCGACUCAUCCGACGACAUGGAUGACAAGUCGAAUCAGAAGGCAUUCAUGGACCUUUUCCAACGUCUGAGGAAACAAAACAGCGAUUCAUCAAUGGACGAAACCUCAGUUGAGGUUCCAAAAUCGGUGACAUUUGUGCCAAAGAGGAAAUCCAUAGACGAGUCGACAGUGAAGAAGAACGACAUUGAAGAUGGUAAGAACAAGAGGUGUUCGAUCAGCGCGACUGCAGAGGAUGCACAGGAAAGUGAAACCUCGGCUAUGGAUGAAGACGAGCCCAUUGAUGACAGCCCCGGCGCCACCUUGGCGAAACCGGGGAGACAGUACCGGACGAGGGCCAACGUAGACGAUGCGGAUGAGCAAUGAAAGCUGCAAGGUUCUUCGCAGCACUGCCAGCUAAUAAACCCCAUCAAAAGUCAAGCAAGCAAGCGAACUAUAAACCAGAAAAGUCUAUUGAAACCAUGACAGGAAGUUCAUAUUACAAGAAAUGCGAGGAUGCGGCGGGGGCGCACAUGAACAAAUUCCAGACAGAAGAACCAUGAAAGAACAGGUAGUUUAAUAAUAAGAAUACAUUCUAUAGGUUUUUGGUGAGAUGAGUGAGUAAUGUAAUAGUAAUAGUAUCCUACCUCUAUCCAUGGUUGUUUCUCCCCAUCUUGCACCAAAUAUCACUUUUCGAUUUUGCUACUAACUUUUCCCAGAGGCCGAGACUUCAGCACUGCAUACAGGGCAAACCUACACAAAUGCACGACUUUAUUCAUUCAGUCUCAUUGAUAUCCAUCCAACAGUGUAUAGAACAAAAUCAAAGUAAUAAAUAUUUCAAAUUCUUA